GGAAAACAUUGUGCAGUAUUCAUGUUUACGUUUCUGGCAAUCGAUUUCGUGUUAGAUAUAUUAUUUGUAAUAGUUCACGGUCAAGACUUGUAUUGGUUGUACCCUGCAAGUGUAAUAUUUAUAACGAUCCCAAUUAUCGUAAAUUCUGGAUUUACAUUUUUGUUAAUAUCUAGAGAAAUAUCGAAGAAUAAGAAAUUUAGUAAUUGGUGGUUUCGUAGUAGUAAAACAGCCUUAUUAUUCACUAUUUUAGCAGGCGCAGAUAUUGAUGUUUUAAAUAUUUUAUCAUCUGAAUGUGGUCGACUCGAAGAAUUAAGUGCUCCUUUUAGUGUAAUUGCCAUGAAACGUAUUAGAUUAUUUAAUAUUAUUUCGAUAAUAAUUGAAGAUUUACCACAACUUAUUAUUUUGAUUAGAGCUGAAUCCCCCGACAUCCCAUCGAAACCAGAAAGUCCAAAUAGUGGAAAAGAAAGUGAUACAUCUCCAACUCAUUCUGAAGUUCGUCAUGAAUAUCUUACCAUGAAAGAUGAUGGUGUACCAACUAUUUCAUAUCCCAGGGAUGAUAUGCAAAUUCAUGAUAUUCCAUACGGACAUGUUGGAGAAAGUAUUAUUAAUAUUGAAGAAGGUACAUCUGGUGAGAUUGGUGAAACUUUAAAAAAAGCACAAUCAAUACCUAAAAGAAAAUCAGAUUCUGGAAUUAUUGAGUCAACGGGAGAACCCGGACAAUCAACUUAUAGCACGACUGGUGCUCCAACUUAUCAAUCAAAAAUGAUGGAACAACUUGAUCCGUCAUCAGAACAGGUUACUUCACCACCAAAAAGUACUUCAUCAAAAGCAAAAGAACUAUUUUCAUUUAUUGGUGGUGGAAAAUCUAAAAAGGGAACUACAGCUCCAAAAGAGGAAGCUGAUAAAGGAAAAAGUUCAGAAUCUGAAGAAGGUGGUAAAGUUGAUAAUGAUGACGAUAAUGUUUAA